CCCUUUGCUAAACGCAUAGCGAUUUUGGCACUGCAGGGAAACACACAUCGGCGUGCAAGAGUUUCUAGGCUGAUGUUGCGGCACCAAAAUGGCGGAACCUCCCAUCCCUAAUGUUAGGAUAUUAGAAAGUUUGAAAAUAAAGAUAGGUGAAGCAAAAAACCUUAACUCUGUUGCCAAAGAUUAUUAUUGUUGUAUUAAACUUGAUCAGGAAGAAGUGUAUCGUACAGCUACUCAAGAAAAAACAGAAUGUCCAUUCUGGGCAGAGGAGUGCGAGUUUGGUGUCCCUAAGAAAUUUCGUAUCUUAGCAUUCUAUGUUUAUGAAAGAGACCGGCUACUAAAGAGGUUAGAAAGCAUUGUGGGUAAAGUUGCGCUUAGACGUGACGAGCUUCACAGACACCAUGGAAAGGAACAGUGGCUGCCAUUGACCCCGGUUGACCCCGACUCGGAAGUUCAGGGUAAAGUUCAUGUGGAAGUAAGGUGUGGGGAAACCUUGAUAGGAGAUAAUGGAACAUCAGUAAACAAAGUUGCUGUCAGGGUAAUUGAAGGCAGUAACUUAACAAUUGUUAACAGACACUGUGAUACCUUUGCUACGGUGACGUUUUGUUCACCAACACGGACAGAAACUAAGAAAACUAAAAUAAAACGCAAAUCUGAUCAUCCGCAGUAUGAUGAAACAUUCUUAUUUGAGCUGGUGAAACAUUCAAAUUCUCAUGGAGAUAGGUACAAUUUUAGUCCAAUUGAAGAAGAUAUUACAAAAAUUGAACUCAAGAUUAGUGUAUGGAAUAAUUCAAGUUCCGCACAUAUUGGGGAGGUAUUCAUCGGUGAAGUUAAGAUUCCAUUAAGUGCAAUAGAUAUGUCCACAGCUACACACAAAGCAUGGUAUUUUUUGAAACCAAGGGAAAACAGUGUAAACCGGCCACAAAAGACGGACAUGGGUUCUCUCCGUGUACGAAUUAAUUAUUUAGAAGAUCAGGUUUUUCCAUCCAGUUACUACAACACUCUCAGGGAUAUCAUUUUAAAAUCACCAGAAGUGUCACCGACAUCCUCAAGUGGUGCGUAUAUUUUAGGUCAAGUUGUGAGGGAACGUAUUGAUGCCGCACGCCCUCUUGUUAGGUUAUUCUACCACCAUGACCAACUUACAGAGUUCACAAAAGCGCUGGCAAAGCACGAGAUUGCACAAACAUCGGAUGCAAAUACAAUAUUCAGGGGCAAUUCUUUAGGAACGAAGUGUAUUGACGAGUAUAUGAAGCUGGAGGGUAUGCAUUACUUGCAUGACACGUUGAAAGUAAACAUCGACGAGAUCCAUGAUGAUCAUCGGUCCUGUGAAAUUGAUCCCACCAAGCUACGUGAUGGCGAAGUAUUAGCUGAUAACCUUGUAAAACUGAAAGAUUAUGUUGAAAAGAUCUUUAUGUCAAUCGUUAACUCUGCGAUGGCGUGUCCACGUGGGAUGUGCAAAGUGUUCUAUGCUUUAAAAGAAGAAGCAAAAAGCCACUUUCCCAAUAAUCCUGAUGUUAAGUAUUCAGCAGUAAGCGGGUUUGUUUUCUUGCGUUUCUUCGCUCCCGCCAUUCUUUCACCCAGACUCUUCAAGCUUAGGAAAGAUAAUCCAGAUACGCUUGUAGCCCGGACGUUAACCCUCAUAUCGAAAGCAAUACAGACAUUAGGAAAUCAUGUUAAGAAAGAGGUAGUGAGUCCCACAUGCGUUAAAAAAGAGUCGUACAUGGUUCCUUUAUAUGACUCUAUCUUAGAUGCUGAGCAUGUGACUGGAAUCAGAAGGUUUCUUGAUAUUGUGUCAUCAUCAAGUAAUGCUAAUGCAAAAGAUCCAGAAGCUCCGAUUAUAUUAAAAGAGGGGUAUAUGAUUAAGCGGGCACAGGGAAGAAAGAAACUAUUUGCAGUCAAGAACUUCAAAAAGCGGUGGUUUCGCCUCACCAACCAUGAGCUGACAUAUUCUAAAGGCUCAGAAAGUUCACCGUUGUGUACUAUAUCUGUGGAUAAGAUCCUUGCAGUUGAACAGGUUCAGGAAGACUCCUUCCACAUGCAAUAUAUGUUUCAAGUGAUACAACCAGAACGUGUGCUGUAUGUACAGGCAAACAACAGCGUAGAUGAAAAGCAAUGGGGUGAUGUGUUAUCAAAUAUUUGCCGCAGCAACCAUGACCGACUCAUGACUUACCACCCAGCAGCCUACAUUAAUGGACAGUGGAUGUGUUGUAAAUGUCAAUCAGAGUCAGUGGAAGGUUGCACUCCAGCCAGUGGCAGUAGCAGAACUUGUCUGAAAGUUGAUGUGGAUUCUGACCGUGAGAUGGAGCGCAUACAUUCGCUGUUUCUUGCAAACAUCGACAAGCUUGAAAAGAUGCGGGAUGACCUUGCGUGGGAAAUCUAUCACGGUCUAACCCACCUCAAUUCCUGUGUGAUUGAUUGCGUGUACCAAGGGCCUGAGUUCGAGCCCCAUAUUCAUAUUGAGGAUCACAAGUCUUGCUACAAGACGGUACAGGCUAUCAUGAAUGAGGUUAUUGUCCUUGAGCAGGAACAUAAGAAGUACAUGAUGAGGGUGCAGCGUGAAACCGAGUACGGCAGCGAGCAUUCUCCUAUUGGUGAUGACAACUACAUGUUCGGAGGUCAGUAUGGAGAGCUAUUGACAGACAGGUGAAUGGUCACGAAGACACGUAGUCGCUGAAACAUUAAAGUCUAUUCCAGUAUGACAGCUUUAAAAAUAUGGUGUAAGAAAAGAAGUUUUUAUGAGAUCUAAAUUUUGAAUAAUUAAUCUGCACAGGGUGAAUGUCAGAUGCUAGCCUGAUCUAAUGAAUUUAGAAAAGGAAGGGAGAAAAGCCUUUGAACAUAUUGCUAUCAACUUUUUAUGUAGUAAAAAUUUAAGUUGUCUUAAGUCUCGAUUAUUUAGAGAUAUAAGCAACCAGAUUUGCUGGAAUAAACACUCCAUUUUACCUAUCCUUUGUCACCCAUCCAAAUUAUUUUUAAAGACAAUGAAAUUGAUUUAAUUGAUAAAAUGUAUCCUGCCCUCUGUACCCAUUUCAGUCUGUUACCUUUUGUCUCCACCUGUCGUUGCUCUCUUUUCUUCAUCAUCUGCCCACUGUCUUACCUUCUCCUUAUGUCUGUUGCCUGUAAUGAUCUUAUCAGUUUGACAUUUGUUUAUAAUUUAAGUUUAAUCGAUGAACCUUGCAAACAGUGGUGACCCCAGAAAUUUUUCAACAGGGGUCUGAACCAAGGGGUUGUCUAGAGCCUCCGUCAUGGGUCUAAACUAAGGGGUCGUCUAGAGCCUCCAUCAUGGGUCUAAACCAAGUGGUCGUCUAGAGCCUCAGCCAUGGGUCUAAACCAAGGGGUCGUCUAGAGCCUCUGUCAUGGGUCUAAACCAAGUGGUCGUCUAGAGCCUCCGUUAUGGGUCUAAACCAAGGGGUCGUCUAGAGCCUCUGUCAUGGGUCUAAACCAAGGGGUCGUCUAGAGCCUCCGUCAGGGUUAUGGAAUAAUAUCUCUGGUGAGGUUGAUGAGUGUAGAUUUUAUUGUUAGGAUGACCAAAAAUUGUGCUCUUUGACCAUGUUAUUAGAGAUUGGCAAUCACAAUAACUUUGUUUGGAUUUUUCGCCAAAUUAAGAAUUUAAUCUGACGAGGAGAUCAUGCCUGUCCGAUGGAGGAAAUUUCUCCCUGGCCCCCUCCAAUGCUGCCCCACCAGUGCUUGAAAAGCGAUUUAAUUUAAAAUCAUUUGUAUCAGCAUCUUGAAGUGUGAACUGAGUCUCUGUAUACCAAAUAUACAACUACCUGACUAUCUCAUUUAUCCAAAACAUAUUACAGAAUUCUACUUAAUUUUGUUUAUAACAAUUUUUGACAAUAAUGUAAAAAUAGGUUUUUUUUUAAAUAGUUGCUAAUUUAUUAGGCCAAAAUAUAAAAAUCAUGUGUUUCUUAUUGGGGUUAUUUGAAAAGAAUACAUAAGCUUUUAUUUUCUCUCUCUUUUCUGCUUGCAUAUGUAAGCGAUAUAGCAGGUAGCAUUGGAUGCCAAUUGCUUAUGAUGAUUUAAUUUCAGUAUCAAUUUCUAGUUUUGCAUCAUGGCAAUUUAAAGAAAAUUGAAUUGACCCAAAAUAAAAAAGCUUGUAAUAAUAAUAAUUUGAUUACUUAGCACAUUUUGCAAUAAACUCUCUCUGUAUGCUGUACAUAGGGGUAUGGCAUAAAUAGGCAUGAGAAACAUGGUUUUUUUAUUUUUUAUUCGGCCUAUUGUAUGUAUUAUUAUGUUUGAUAAAAUAUAAGUAUAUUAAUUUCAUAGGAUGCAACUGUAGACCCACCUUUUACAUUUUCUACUCUCUGGUAAACUCUGGGAAUAGAAGCAUCCUUUAGAUCUGUGUUAUGAUUCCAGAAAUAUAAAUAUAAUUGACUGUAGUUAGGUUUAACAAAAGUUAUUGUAUUACAAAUGUGAUUUU